CCCAACUCCAGACAAGCUUGGAUCAAACCAGGCGGUGGAAGUGGUUUGUUUGGGAUUGACAGCAUGCCAGACCUUCGUAAGAGGAAGCCUAUACCUCUGGUCAGCGACGUGUCACUGGUCCAGGCCAGAAAGGCUGGAAUCACCUCUUCCAUGGCCGCGCGCUCCUCCGUCAAAGAUGAGGAGCUGAAGAACCACGUUUAUAAGAAGACUCUACAGGCUCUGAUCUACCCCAUCUCCUGCACCACGCCCCAUAACUUUGAGGUGUGGACGGCAACCACGCCCACCUACUGCUACGAGUGCGAGGGGCUGCUGUGGGGCAUCGCCCGCCAGGGCAUGAGGUGCUCCGAGUGCGGGGUUAAGUGUCACGAGAAGUGCCAGGAACUGCUGAAUGCUGACUGCCUGCAGCGUGCUGCGGAGAAGAGCUCCAAACAUGGGGCUGAGGAUCGUACCCAGAACAUCAUCAUGGCCAUGAAGGACCGCAUGAAGAUCAGGGAGAGGAACAAGCCGGAAAUCUUUGACGUGAUCCGGGAUGUCUUUGUCGUCAGCAAGGCGAUCCACGCUCAGCAGAUGAAGACCAUCAAACAGAGUGUACUGGACGGAACCUCCAAGUGGUCGGCCAAGAUCACCAUCACAGUGCUGUGUGCCCAGGGACUGCAGGCCAAAGACAAGACGGGUUCCAGCGACCCCUAUGUCACGGUCCAGGUGGGCAAGACCAAGAAGAGGACCAAAACCAUCUACGGCAACCUCAACCCUGUCUGGGAGGAGAAGUUCCACUUCGAGUGUCAUAACUCGUCGGACCGCAUCAAGGUGCGUGUAUGGGACGAGGACGAUGACAUCAAAUCCCGGGUGAAGCAGCGUCUGAAGAGAGAGUCCGACGACUUCCUGGGUCAGAGCAUCAUCGAGGUCCGCACGCUCAGUGGAGAGAUGGACGUCUGGUAUAACCUGGAGAAGAGGACCGACAAGUCAGCCGUGUCUGGCGCUAUCCGUCUCCACAUAAGUGUGGAGAUCAAGGGAGAGGAGAAAGUGGCUCCCUAUCACAUCCAGUACACCUGUCUACACGAGAACCUCUUCCACCACUCAACGGACGUUCUGGGCCAGGGGGUGGUGAGGAUCCCAGAUGCCAAAGGAGACGAUGCCUGGAAGGUGUACUUUGACGAGGUGGCCCAGGAGAUAGUGGACGAGUUUGCCAUGCGAUACGGGAUCGAGUCAAUCUACCAGGCAAUGACGCACUUCGCCUGCCUGUCCUCUAAGUACAUGUGUCCUGGCGUUCCGGCGGUGAUGAGCACCCUGCUGGCCAACAUCAAUGCCUUCUACGCCCACACCACCGCCUCCACCAACGUCUCCGCCUCUGACCGCUUCGCCGCCUCCAACUUCGGGAAAGAGCGCUUUGUCAAGCUCUUGGAUCAACUCCACAACUCCUUGCGCAUUGACCUCUCCACAUAUAGGAACAACUUCCCUGCCAGCAGUAAGGAUCGUCUCCAGGACCUGAAGUCCACUGUGGACCUACUGACCAGCAUCACCUUCUUCAGGAUGAAGGUCCAGGAACUGCAGAGUCCCCCUAGAGCCAGUCAGGUGGUGAGGGACUGUGUUAAGGCCUGCCUCAACUCCACCUACGACUACAUCUUCAACAACUGCCAGGAGCUGUACAGCCGCCAGUACCAGCUGCUGGACACACAUAAAGAGGAUCUUCCCCUGGAGGAGCAGGGCCCCAGCAUCAAGAACCUGGACUUCUGGCCCAAACUGAUCACCCUUAUAGUCUCCAUCAUAGAGGAGGACAGGAACUCCUACACACCCGUGCUCAACCAAUUCCCUCAGGAGCUGAAUGUGGGGAAGGUGUGUGCUGAGGUCAUGUGGGCGCUGUUCUCCCAGGACAUGAAGUAUGCUAUGGAGGAGCAUGAAAAGCACCGGUUGUGUAAGAGUGCCGACUACAUGAACCUGCACUUCAAGGUCAAGUGGCUGUACAAUGAGUAUGUGAAGGACCUGCCAAACUUCAAAGGGGUUGUACCCGACUACCCAUCGUGGUUCUUACAGUUUGUGCUGCAGUGGCUGGAUGAGAAUGAAAGCGUUUCCAUGGAGUUCAUGCAUGGAGCUCUGGAGAGAGACAAGAAAGAUGGAUUCCAGCAGACAUCUGAGCAUGCUCUCUUCUCUUGCUCGGUGGUGGACGUCUUCACCCAGCUCAACCAGAGCUUUGAGAUCAUCAAGAAACUGGACUGUCCUGACCCAAAGGUCAUGGCCCACUACAGCCGACGAUUCGCCAAGACUAUUGCCAAAGUUCUUCUGCAGUACAGUGCCAUUCUGACCAAGAGCUUCCCCUCCUACUCUGACAAAGAGAAGAUCCCCUGUGUACUGAUGAAUAACGUGCAGCAGUUGCGUAUCCAGCUGGAGAAGAUGUUUGAGUCCAUGGGUGCCAAACAGCUGGACACAGAAGCCAGUGACCUCCUGAAUGAGCUUCAGGUCAAGCUGAACAAUGUGCUGGAUGAGCUGAGUACUACGUUUGGAAACAGUUUCCAGGUCCGUAUUGAUGACUGUAUGAGACAGAUGGCCUGUCUGCUGUACCAGAUCAAGGGCCCAGUCAACACCAACAGCCGCAACAUGGUGGAGGCCGACUCGGACAACAUGCUACGGCCACUUAUGGACUUCCUGGAUUCAAAGUUAACGCUGUUUGCCACAGCAUGUGAGAAGACUGUUCUAAAGCGGGUUCUGAAAGAGCUGUGGAGGAUUGUAAUGAGCAGCCUGGAGAAAACCAUCGUCCUGCCCCAAGGCAACGACACAUUCGGGGCUCAGAUCCUGUCUGCAGCCAAGGAACUGGGGCAGCUCUCCAAGCUCAAGGAUCACAUGGCAGGAGAGGCCAAAAGCCUGACACCUAAACAGUGUGCUGUCAUGGAUAUAGCACUGGACACAAUCAAACAAUACUUCCAUGCAGGAGGGAACGGUCUGAAGAAGGCGUUCCUGGAGAAGAGUCCUGAGUUGACCUCACUACGCCACGCUUUGUCCCUCUACACACAGACCACAGACACGCUCAUCAAGACCUUUGUCACAACACAACACACACAAGGGUCAGGAGUGGACAAGCCGGUGGGAGAAAUAUCCAUUCAGAUCGACCUAUUCACCCACCCUGGUACUGGGGAGCACAAAGUCACUGUCAAAGUGGUGGGAGCCAAUGAUCUGAAGUGGCAGACGUCUGGGAUGUUCCGGCCCUUUGUGGAGAUCACCAUGAUUGGACCCCACCUCAGUGACAAGAAGCGCAAGUUCCAAUCCAAGUCCAAGAACAACAGCUGGGCGCCCAAGUUCAACGAGACCUUUCACUUUAUCCUAGGUAAUGAGGAUGGCUUUGAGUGCUACGAGCUGCAGAUGUGUGUGAAGGACUACUGUUUUGGCCGUGCCGAUCGGGUGGUGGGCAUGGCUGUGAUGCAGCUGCGGGAUGUGGCAGAGAAGGGCAGUGUGGCGUGCUGGUGCCCCCUGGGUCAGCGUGUCACCAUGGACGAGACAGGCCUCACCGCCAUGCGCAUCCUCUCCCAGCGCUCCAACGACGAGGUGGCCAAGGAGUUCGUCAAGCUCAAGUCUGAGAUACGCUCUGAGGAGGAGGGCAGAUGAGGUCUCCCUGAAGGAGGGGAGGGGUGUGAAGGGCCUCUAGUAAAGUGGGAAGUAAUAGGAGCACUUUGACUACUACUACUUUGGACUAAUAAUGUCCCCUGGCUGCUACUGGCUGUUUGAUGGACACUGGUUCACCAUCACAUUGUCACUCACUGUGUUUCUCAGACUCCCCUUUUGUGUUCCUCACUCACUAUCUCCUACACAUACGUAGUUAGUUUCUCUCUCUCUCUCAAUGGUUAUUAGACACAAUCUCACACGAUAUUGUACUUACUGUGGGUCGGCCAGUCUGGCACUAUGGACAUGCCAUGGACGCUAUAUGCCAAUCAAUUCCUGCCAGCCUGUAUGUACUUCAGUACGGGGUCUCCCCCUCACCCCACAAUCCCCCCUAGUGUUCAUGUGCAAUACCCCCCAACUGUGGCCAUAUGUUUGAUGCCUUACACUUUAGAAGCUGUGAAUGUGUGAAGUUCAGACACAAAACUGUAACUGUAGUAGAAAGCUGUUUAUCUUCCUCAAUCUCUCUAGUGUUCUUCAGGAUCCAUGUUCACAUCAUUGAUGCCACUAUUAGGGUCCAAACGCAGGAUGUCAUUGUUGGUGUUUUGGUCGAAGUAGAUUCACCUGGUUUCUAUCGUUUGGACUUCUACCACAUGUCAAGUACCCUACUCCUAAUUAUAGUGUAAAAAUCCAAUUUUUUCCCUUAGAAAAGUGAAGUGUGUUUUUUUUGUAUUGGAAUUAGUGCCAUGUGGUGGUUCUGAAGUGAGUUUUAUGUUUGAGUCUCCCCCCUAUUUUUUGACAGGAGGUACUGUAAUGGCAACAGCACUCAAUGUAAAGGGUUUGUAAAGUUGUGUGCCUUGUCAGGUAUUGGGCUCCUAUUCAUAACCCAUUAGUCCCAUACAGUGUUAACAAUGCACUUUGAAUGAGAAUUACUGUAAUACUUUUUAGUCUAAAUUGUCAUAAAUGUUCUUAACGCAAGGGCUGCCUUCUAUCCAGAGAGAAACUUCCUUUUAAGGAUAGAGAGUGGUGAGCACUUUUUAAUAUGGACUAUUGCUUCUUACAUUAAAAACGGCAAUGGUGUAUGUAGGGCCCUGUCUUGAACUUAGUAAUCACUGCUAAAUAACCCCGUUGAAUACAACAUUUUACAAACAUUUGGCUAAUGUUGCCAACCCUCAAUGACAGCCAUUUUAUUUAUAGUUUUUAUGUAUUUAAUCCAUAUGUAGAGUCUGGUCUACUUUGCAAACAGAGGGCUGCUAGAUGUUGUUUGAGUAUAGUUUUCAAAGUGGUUUUGAAUGGCUUUUUACUGCAGUUUUCUAGCAGGACCCUACAGAUACUAACUGAACCUAGAGGGUCUUUUGGGACCAGAGGAGUUUAAACGAUUUUCAUCUCAGAUGAGGGAAAGGCUAGCCUCGUAUAGUUCGUAACGAGGCUAGGAAAAGGCAGUCCAAGCCCUGGGUUUCCAAAUAUUUUCCAACUAUGUUUCCUUGUAUCUCUGAGUGGCCUUACAUUGGUGAUAAUAGAAGAUUUCUAUAUACAUGUUUUUACCCCCCCAUUUUCUGUGUAUUUCUUUUGUCUCACAACGAUGCAGAGGGUUGGUCAAUUUGACCUAAAUCAACCGUAUCAGACUGAUAUUGUCAAUGUGAUUUUCCUUAUUGCUGUUACUUUAUUUUUGUUUUUAAUUGUAUUGGAGGAUUUAUAUUUUUCGUUUAGAUGUAGUAAUUUUCUUAGAUAUAGUAUUUAUAUUUUUGUUUUCUGUUUUGAUCCCUCUUAAAAAAUGUUGGAAUGAUGUGGAGAUGUUCAGUACUGUAUCAUGAGUUCUAUUGGAUCUACAGUAUACACAGUAAGGGGUAAUGCAUGCCUGUCAUAUCCCUGAUAGAAAUAAGGAGAGAGAAAAUUGAACAUAUCACGCCUAAAAAAAAUAUUUUGCUAUUUGUCAAGUAACACUGCCGUUGUCCAUACAAUAAUAGUCAGUUUGAUGUUCACAAAAAGAAGAAAACUGCAACAUCACACACUGUUAAAGCUAUAUCUGGGCUUUAUAUGCAGUAUACAGUACCAAUGUGAAUACAUCUUUUGGGCUGUUGAUUUAGGGGAAAAUGUCUACUUCUAAGGAGGGCACUGCCACUAACAUACAUGUUCCUUGUGCCAAGCUGUGCAAGUGUUCACUUUUUAUCGUUUUAUUACAUUUUUUUUAUACAUUUUUUUUUUAAUCUUGUGAAGCAUUGCACUAUAAUUAAAUCACUACAAUAGUUAGUUAGCACGUGUUGUAUGUCCAAGUAACUGGACUUUUGUGAAGUUUUAUUUGUAUUUUGCAACUGGAAAAAUCAUGGUAUUGAUCAUUAAAAUGUGUACAUUACAAUGUAUUAAUUUUGUAUAAAGUAUUUAAGAAAUAACUA